AUGGAACCCGCCCUAGCCUCCGCUCCGGGGCCUGACGUGACGGAGCAUUCUGGCAAUUCUGAUACUCGUUUCGAUACCAAGACACCUCCUGCAUCAUCUGCUACAGCUUCUUUCUUCCCUGCCAAUAACUCUUCUCCAUCCUCUCCAGUAUCGGCCCUACCACCUCAAUUCAAGCAGAAUCUUCAAUCACGGUCGCAGUCUCAAUCGCAUUCACCUCCUCCGAUAUCAAUUCCCGCCCACGCUCGCUCAUCAACGGUCGACGGUUUCCCCGGCUCGUCCUCCGUCUCCGGUUCCAUUGCGUCGCCCUCCGGUUCCGUAAACUCUCCCCUCGGAGGACCCAUCAAGCGCAAACCUCUCUCCUCCUCAGCCUCAGCGCUGGCUUUGCGCUACUCGGCUUCGGGAUCUUCUCCGCCAUCACCUUUAGAUCUUCAGCUUGAAAAACCGAGCCAGAGAUUCGCCAGGCCUGAUUCCGUCGACAGUCCUACCCUCUACGAAUUCUCUCCCUCUUCUCGCGCCGUGCCGCCAGCUACCCAAGCUCCCGCCAAACUGGCGUCCCUUGCCGCGACAACCCCUGGAACACAAACCAUUCCAGAACCCAGCCCUACCGCCUCGAGCUCAGACUUCUCUGACGUUCUGGAUGGGUAUGAUGAUCUGACAUCCGACGACAAGUCCGAUUCUGCACCAGACGUUACCUCCGAGACCAUACUUGAUGGGAACGAUAGCGACGAAGAAAAGAUCAAAAAGAUUAGCCCAAGCGACAAAGAAACCACCACUGCUUCUAAACCCGCAGACACAGCAGACCCUCACGAAACAGAGGCACAAAGAGCCCCAUCACCUGCCUCCGAUAACACGAUAUCCAACAAGACUCUUGCUCCCGCUCCCAUGUUUGUCCCGAAGCCAACUCCUCCACAUCUCAAGCUCGAAAAGGUCACAAUUGACGUUGCAAACUACGACACAUCACCGGAUGAAUCGCAUUCACCAUCGGGCCAAAACACACCUCAGCUCAAUAAGCCCUUACCCAGGUCACCAAGCCAGACCUCUCCAUUUGCUUCACUAUUCAACUGGGGUGCUCCUUCACCCUCGCCCUCUGGGACGGAAUUCUCGUCCACGUAUUCGCCAAUCUCACCCUCGAAACACGGCGGGGCCAAUGAGACCUCAUAUUCAACGGUUAGCAAUCCUCAUCAUGCAACUCAGAAAGAUACCUCCAAUGGAGCGGAUAUCUUGAGCUAUCGUAACUCAUACUCAUCGGUUUUACAGUCCCCAACUUACGCGCAAAUCGACGAAAUGGAAGACGAACUAAAGGCCAUCAGCGUCGAGCUGGCCAGCUCUAUCAGGCGCGAAAUUGACCUCGAAGACCUUGUCGAUCGUCUCCAAGAACAGAUCAAUAAUCCUCAAGGCCCUGGCAAGAGGUCAAGCGACUACUAUUCCGACUCGGGUUACAGCUCGGCCAAGAUGAGCGAGGCUGAACCGAGUCGAGAGGAAGUUGAAAAGAUUCAAAGGAGGUCUGAACAAGAGAAAGCCUCCAUAAGACUGGAGCUCACAAAUAAACUUCAAGACGAAAGGGGGAGAAGAAAAGCUCUGGAUCAUCAGAUUAAGGAGCUAGCUGAAAAGGCGUCUCAGGUUGACUUGGCUCAAUUGAACAACCAGGAUGCCAGUGGCCGACUUAAGGACCUUGAGACCACCUGUGGCGACCUCAGGCGACGAUUGUCGGAGGAGCGAGUUGUUAAGAACAACUUCGAGGACCUCAUCAACGCCAUCCGUGGAGAGCUCCACGAGGCCACCAGCGAGCGAGACAACCUCCGCGACGAGAUUGUUCCCGAAUUGAGGGCUCGUGUCGAGGGUCUCGAGAUCGAGGCUGCCGAAUACGCAAACUUGAACUACGAGUCUUCAAAGAUGCAGCAAGAGCUUCAAAUGCUCAGGAAAGAAUACGACAACAUAAGAGCGACAUCGAGACCCGGUUCCCCGACACCCUCCAAUACCCGUAUGUCGCGCGCUAUGUCUGGCGGCUUUGGUGGUGGUCUUGCUAGAUCCAACUCAGUUGCGACCGGCUCAUUCCGUGCCCAACGACCUUCGGGGCUGUCUAGGUCUAACAGUGUUAAAAACCUGCAGACCGAGUCCAGAGAAGCACUAUCAGAGAGGCUCAAGGAUGUUGAGGCUCAGAGAGACGCUCUCCACGGCGCUUUGAAGAACCUUCUCGAGCGACAGCACUUUCAAGACCGCGAGUACACUAAGAAGCUUAAACUAUUGCAGAAUGACCGAGAGAAGCUUCUCUCAGCAUCUCCACGCAAAGCGGGGUUCGAAAGAGAAAUUUCAAACCUGCGCACCGAGAUCAACGUUCUUCGUCGCCGAGCUGAAGAUGCUCUUGAGCAGAAGUGGCAGGUAGAAGACGGUCUAAGUGGCCUGAAGAUGGACUUGGACAAGGCUGAAGGAGAAAUUGCUCUGCUCCGUGGCCUGUUGGAGGAGAAGGACAUCCUCAUUCCUCCCUCCUUCGCCCGCUCAAGUGGCUCUAGCACUGGCAGCAGCUCAUUCGGUAACCUGAGCGCGCCGGUAACAUCGGAGUCACUUGCCAAGGCAUACGAUCAAUUGAAGGCUGCCUAUGUCGAGUCGCUUGAGCGAAUCAAGGACCUUGAGCAUGAGACCGGGACGGAUGAGAAGACUCAGCUUGCUGUUGAGCGAUUGGAGCGCACCCUGUCUAUUGCGGUUUCUGAACGCGAUGCUGCUAAGUACGAGGUUGAUAGCCUUCGAAACCAGUAUGACACGAUGAGCGAGUAUGAGAGCAUGAGCAUCGAGACCGAGCGUGCUCUUGCCGAUGAACUUAAUGACUCUGCUCGCCGGGUCGGAGAGCUUGCAUCUCAAGUUCAACAACAACUCUCGGCAAACGCUCAGCUCCGAGAUCGCCUAUCAAACGCCGUUCUUCGAGGUGACAACGACCGCAAGGCCAACUCGGACCGCAUCGCCGACCUGCAGGUCCGUCUCAAGACUAUGGAGGAGCAACUUAUCGUCGCUCAGUCAGCAUCUGAAGAUCGAGUUACCCGCCACGAGGAAGAGAUUGCUGCCAUCCGCGACGCGCACAACGCCCAGCUUCAGCGCAUUAGCAGCAACACAGGCGUUAGUGGCCUGCGUUCCCCCAGUUUCCAGGCUAACCGCAAGCCUUCCCUCCUGAGCCCGGUUUCUCCUCGAUUCCCUGGCUCUCCCCGAUCUCCUCGCCUUACAGAGAAGAGCUUCGAGGAGGCUGCAGAGAUGGAGAUACUUCGCAAGCGUGUCAUUGACUUAGAGAAGGCUCUUGAGGACGCUGAGCACGAGAUGCAGGAUGUCAUUGCCAGGAUGAGCACUGCUCAGAUUGAGGUGCUUAACCUCCAGGAUGAGCGCGAGGCUGCUGUCCGCGAAACACGCCGCCUGCAGAAGGUCCUCGAGCAGGAGCAAAUUAAGUCCUUUGAGGAUAGAUUCAAGACGCUUAGUGGCAACGUCUGA